UCUCAAGUAGCGGAACUCGCUUUCAAUUACGGGGCGGAUCUAGGGUGACACCCAAAGGAAAAGGACAACUGCGAAGUACAUACUACGACAUUUGAAACAGAAAACCUCCUUGUUUUUCACUCUCAAGAGAACAAGAAGGUCUUCGCCGUCCGGGGAGGGUUUUGCUAUCAUGAGCCACUUAUCCUUCACCCACAGGGCCAUACUAUCCGCCUCCCCUAUCCUGCGGCGCCCUUCCUCUCCGUCUCCGGCGGCUCCUCUCCUCCCGCCUAGGCCGCCGUCCUACGCCUCCGUUAGCUUCCGGAUCCUCAAUCCUCCGCCGGAUUCUCGCCGGCGCUCCUCCUUCGCCCCUUCCGGCCUCCCCGUAUCCGCCACCGGUGACCUCGCUCGCGAUGCCGGAGCCGCCGCCGCCGUCCUCGCCGGCGCUUACGGCCUCGUCUUCAGCUUCGAUAGUCUCACUCAACGAAAUCUCAUCCAACAGAGUUUAAGUAGAAAGCUUGUUCACAUAUUAUCUGGGUUGCUUUACAUGGUUUCCUGGCCAAUUUUCAGCACUUCGACAAACGCUCGCUACUUUGCCUUGUUGGUUCCUCUCGUGAAUUGCACAAGGCUUCUUGUCCACGGCCUUUCACUGGUUUCGGAUGAAGGACUCAUAAAAUCCAUGACGCGACAUGGAAAUCCUGAGGAGUUGCUGAGAGGUCCUUUGUACUAUGUUUUUGCAUUGAUCUUAUGUGCGUUUGUCUUCUGGCGAGAAUCUCCAGUAGGCAUGAUCGCUUUGUCGAUGAUGUGUGGCGGGGGUGGUGUUGCCGACAUAAUGGGAAGAAAAUUUGGUUCGAAAAAAAUUCCCUAUAACCAAAGUAAGAGUUGGGCGGGUAGCAUAUCCAUGUUUCUCUUCGGAUUCUUGGUUUCCGUUGGGAUGCUGUAUUAUUACUCAGCACUGGGAUAUUUCCAAUUGGAUUGGACCUCGACACUACAAAGAGUGGCUCUGGUUUCUUUGGUGGCUACAGUAGUUGAAUCUCUUCCAAUUUCAGAGGCAAGUAUUGACGUGGUGAAAAGUGAAGAUGGUAUUUAUGAGGAAGGAAGAUCUAUCUCUGGCUUAAUGGUCUCAGGAGCUGAAUGGAGCUGA